CUCGCUGCGCUCAAGUGUUGUCUAUUCGUGGAGUGCAAUUUUCCGCCAUGGGGACUGUCAGGCUACCGAAGGCAUCUUCGGGUGGUCCCUCAGUGUGGCUCUACGCACUCCUGCUCUUCGGGACGCUUCCUAAAGUACGUGGAGAUGGAAACGAGCCAGAGAGAAGCCUCGACAGAAUAGAAUUCCUGUACUUCAAGAUUUCGAAGACCUGCAACGGCAGUGAAGUGCCUGGUCAGCCAUACCUCUUUCACCUGGCAUUGGCUGAAGGGGACGAGAUCCCACUGGAAAUGAAGGCCGCCUUCUUCGAUGACACGUGCCAACCGCCAGGACCCGCUGGGGGUUCUUCAGUUUACCUUCGCGAGUACGAAGUUUUUCAGAUUGCAUUCGUGGGCACAGACGGCUAUUAUACUCAAGUCGACAUCGGACCAUAUGGCCACUAUUUGGUGACUCUUGGAAACAUCGCUGGAAGCACAUUGAAGAUGGACCUGACCCUGUCGUACGCGACGAACGUGGACCGCUACCGGAGCGUCUGGCGUGCAUCGGUGCGCAUCCCGGUCGCGUACUUGCCGCCCGGCGUGGCAACCCUCAAUGCCUGGGCGCGACACGGUCGGCCAAGCGCGCGCCACGAACUUGCCUUGUACCCGCCACCACCAGGGUCCACGUGCAAGCUUGACUCCACCACUGUGAAGACUUUCGGCGAGCUCGAGAUCAAGCGCAUCUGCGCCAAGUAUGAACCCAAGAGGCUGUCUCACACCUGGAAGAGGGCCUUCGAAGACUACUACUGGGCAUCAUCCUGCACGGCUCGACCAGCUACGGCUCUGCUUUUUGUUUGUCUGCUGGGUCAUGGAGUGCGGCGACUCAAGUAAUUCACCAGACAAGCGUACUUGUCCCGGCGUUGGCUAAAACGAUAUCCACUGUUAGAGCCCUCCUGACAGAUUUAAGCUUUCAUUUUCAAGUGAACCCCUGCAGGACUCUGCUCGGGCGGACUAUGUGAUGCAAAUGCCACUGGAAGAACAGCCAUACGUGCUGAGGACUUCCACGGAUACAAAAGGCUGUCCGCCUUCACGGACGUGUCAUCUUAUGUCUUAUGCGUAAAAGGGUGGAAGUAAUGAUUAGCUGUCAUUUGUGUUUGAUAAUAAAACUGCUAAGCCUGA